AAAGUGAAGACGCGAAGUUUUUAACUGUAGCCGCACGAGCGGCAAUUCAAUAUGGGCGGUAUGUUGUGGUUCCUACUCUGCCCUUACUUGUUGUUAACUUCUGGGUAUAUUCAGGAGUGUUUUUCUCAUACGAUAAUCACUAUUGAACAUGGGUCAUUCACGAACAUUACUGUCAAUGGGUUGGUGUAUGUCGAAGUUAUCAAAAUUCCGCCGUGGAGCAAAUUUGUUGUGUAUCAAGUACACAGCCCCUUCAACCCACUACUAGUGUCCACAUCAGCCUCGUUUACAUAUGACACUUCACAAUACUCGGCUCAUUGCGGCUUAGCUAGUUUUGUUGGAAACAAAACAUUGUCGACAUUCUACGUUUAUUCUACCUAUAGUGUUCCGCUAAUUGUGUGGGUUAAAGCUGUUGCAUAUGGAUCAGAAUUUCCAUUGCCAGGUGGUUGUGGUCGUAGUUCGCGUAGUGGUUUCAUGAAUGCAGCCAUCACUACAGAUAUAAUGACUAAAAAUAUAAAUCUUUCAAGCUCGAAACGCAUUGAGUUUUUAAGCUAUUGGACAUCUUCUCUCCAGCUCUCUGCAGCUUCGGCACCUGUCGGAUCAGGCGGUUUUGCGUGUUCUCACUGGAUUACCGAAAGUAAGCCAUCAGGGAGCCUAGUUUAUCACGUUUAUGGUACACCACUAAUAACUGCUGGUGGUUCUUAUGGAGCCUUCGUGAAUCCUAGUCCCAGUGAAGUUGCAUCAGUCUUAAAAAACAUGGCCAACUUUGGCCAUUCGUCAUUUGUUGGUACUUACAUACAGUCAUUUCACCAGAGUGAAUUCACACCAAAUGAUGAAUUUAUUAACAUAAUCGUCUCACGUCGUCCAGCUACAGCAUAUAUUGUCACUGUUGUUGUGGAGUAUUCAAUUUCUGGUGAUACAUGGCAAGUGCCAUAUAUUCCUGUCAUUCUUUUUGGUUGCCCUGCACAAAUUUCACCCAGUUUCUACCGUACUGUAUAUAACCAACCCACUUCAAAUGCUAGUUUGGAAGUCAACUGUGGUACUCUUCCUAAAGGUACACCGGUUAUCCUAUUUCCCGUUGCUGUCUUGCUUCUUGCAGGUUUUCUAUAUGCUACUUCAUGUAAUAUGUGGAUUUGGCCCCGUAAGUUUUUGUUCCUGUACAGACGCUUGUUUUCAGAGCUUUAUACUUAAAGUAAGCUUCUGUAGUCAUACACUGUUUCUGACCUUUGAGUGUUACUGUCAAUGGAAGCUAAUUAUAUCAAUAAGUAGUGGACAUGAUUUAAGCUGUUGAUCUUAGGCUUAGUUGUUAUAGUGUCUUCAAAGUUUUUUUUUCCUAUUACAACCAAAGCGAUCAUUAUGGUAGUUCACUUAAUUUCAUCAUAAGGGUUAUUACAAAAGUAUAUAUCUAUUUAACAAGUACAUCCCGUUCGAAAAAAUCUAAUCUUUCAAUGUUUACUCGCAACCAGUUUAAAAAUGUCAGAAAACUGCUUUACGUAUGUUUUACGUAUGCUUUAUGUAUUAGUUAUAUGCAUUAGGUAGAUGAAGUGUAGUCAGUUUCCAGAAUCAGUUAGUCAGUUGUGUUCAAAUCUUAUUUCCAUGCCCAUUUUUUACUUUCAGAUCUCGAGUUUUAAUAUAAUUCUAUACUCCUGAUUCAUGGAUUCUAUUAGUUCUUUUUAGAGUACAUUUCUUAGUUCUAGUCUUUUGCUAUCGUUGUAACAGGUAUUAGUUCGACUCCUUUGACCCCUAUUUUUUGACUUUGAUGGUGAUGUAUAGUGCAACAAUUUGGGUCGAUGUAAAUUUGCGUUAGGUUCUUCAUUUUCAUGACUUUUUGAGACUAAAUCAUACAUACAGUUUAGAGCUGUAAACGUCUGAUGGACCAUCAUAUAUUUUAUCAAAUAUAUUGCAGUAAGUUUGUGAUGUCAUGUGAUAUGCUUUUGCAAGGUUAGUCUUCACUUUGUCUAAAGCCUUAUAUGUCUCUUAGUGGGUUUUCAGCUGUUAUGCGAUAUUACUUAUCGUUCAAGUGGGGGUUCAAAUUUCGACUCCAAUACCCAUUUAUCAGUAGAUGCGAUCAGUUUAAUGCCAUUCGAACUCACUGAUUACUCAAAUAAUGUUGAUACUUUCUAGAAAGCAAGGAUAAUAUUAGUAAAAGAGAAGUAUUGUUAAAGGCCUAAGAUGCAAUACCUUUUCGCCUGUUUUUGCUUCGGUUUGUUAUGGUAUUUGAUUUUCCAUUAUGUCUUACAGUGAAUUGACAAAUAAUGUAAUUCACUCUUUCGUAUAUUUUUGGCUAUGUGGUUUUUUAUACGUUGGUGUACCGUACUCCGACUUCAGUAUUGUGAAUGAAACUACUUCUAUCCCCUUCUUUUCCCUGUCCCACUAGCUAGUAUAAAAACACCAGUCUUGCAGACGAAGCUAUGUGAUGUUGAUUAAUUAAUCAAAAUACAUUAAGUUUUCCCAUGAUCUAUUCAUAAAAAAUGAUCAGAAUAUUUAAACCAAGUACUUUAAAAUAUCGUAAAAAUGCGUUGAAAUUUCGCGAAUAGUGUUCACAUUAUAUAAUUUGCUGUAACAGAAUUUCAACCCAAUUGAUACUGAUUUCCUUUUCAUGAGUUGUAAUUUGAAAUUAUGUAUCCCCCAACAAUUGUGCAUGCAAAAAUACCUUAUACUUAUAGGUUGUGAGUUCCCGAGGCAUAGCAACUACGUAUGUGUCCUUGAACCGUGAGCGGUAUUUAUUACAGGUACUAGUUUUCCAAAACUCAUAUGGUCAAGUAAUGUUUUAAACUAUUUAAAUGCAAGCCGAACAGUCACAACUCUACAGUUAUUGCUUAAUAUCAUAAACUUAAUGAAGCACUGUUUGAUUAUUUCUCAUCACUUGAAUAGAUGUAAUUACAGUAUUCUGGAAAGUUGAUCAAUAUGUAUAAAUAAUACACUUUCAGUGUUCAUCAAAGCCACAUUUCUACCAUUUAAUCUGUUUUUCAGUCUUUAAUUGUUCAUUUUAGGCUGUGCAGUCAGUGCGAUGAUUAUGGGGUCUGUCAUUGGGCUGAUAUUUUUCUACAGAUUUUCAGGCGAACCUAAUGAAACUUACCUUAUUUUAAUAGCGAGUGCUUUUUUGCCAGCUUUCUUCGCAUUGUUUGUAUUUGUAAUACUGUGGUGGCGUUACGUCCGUCCUACUUUGUACUACCAACGUAUGUUUGGACAAGGUCCACUGGUGAAGGUAGAAAAUUCUACAACUGUUCUUGUUAACGAACCGUGGAAUUCAGAUGUGUUAGAUACCAGCUAUCAAAAUGUUGAUGCCCCUUUCGGAUCGUCGUCACAGACUGAACAUACACCAAUUAAUACUGUUAAUGUUUUGGCUCCAGUUAGUGAGGAGGAGUCCAGUAUUUCAGCACUACAGCUGUGUAACGAUCUAGUGCAUCAACCUUCCCCAGCUCAUUCUGGUGCAUAUGUUUCAAAUGAACAGGGUGCUAGUGAUGAUAAUGAAGGUUACACUUGUGUUCGAAUUUGUGGCAUUCAGCUGUGUCGAAGGUCCAGAAGUUCACAAAAAUCUUCAAAAACCUUGGCACGUCCACUUAAACCCUUCACCCUAAGACCUCGUCGCUUUGCUCGUUUACUUCCCGUUUUGCCGACUGUAUUUAUUCUAAUCGGUUAUCUCUCCAUCUCUCUUGAUCGUUCUCUAAAAUUGGACAAAUCUUCGGUUUCUUUUUUUGCGUUCUGUACAAUAAUGUCAGGAUUAUUGCUUGGCUUGCUGAGUAUAUUCAAAAAUUUUGCAUUCGGUAUUUCAACUGCUCUUCUUGGUUUUUACGUUACACUAUGCUGUGCAAGUUUUUUUCUCAUACCAAGCUGUUUAUUACCUCACAUUGUAAUUGAAUAUUUCUUGAUGUUAACCUGUUUUGAUAUAAGACUACGUACUCUACGCAUCCAAUUCUAUGGUCGAUAUGGUAAUUUUUAAAUAUUUAUUUUCAUACUUCCAUGUUCAUUUCUGUACAUUUUCUACUUUAAUCAGAUCAAGUUUGUUUAAGAUUAGUUUGGUUCUUUGAAGCGUAGUCUUUACACUGACGAAUUUUCAAAACGAUAUGAAUUGUUAACUGAAGUUGCAUGAUUCUGUUGGUUUAUAACCGUUUCCAUUGUAUCUUUUGCAUAAGUUUCUGUCCGUAAUUUUAAAAGAUGUUAUUGUUGUCGUAAUAUGGUUUGUUAGCAGUAUAUGCUUUGGCUCACUAGCGUUGUGUUUGAUUCGUUUACAAGAUGCACGUGAAUUAUCUGAAGCUCAAAAUUACCAUACAUCAAACUCAAAACAUGCAUACACAAAUACUAAUGCACACACCCCUAGCAAUAGCCUUUCAUUAUUGGGAGAGAUUAGACCAAGUUCCCAAGCUUCAUGUUAUGUACCUCGAAUGUUUCCUGUCCCAAGUUUAUCAUCCAAUGCAAAUUCUGCAUCCAGUUUGUAUAAUUUGCUUUCAUCUCCCAAGGUAUACAAUAAAAUAGAUUCGGAAGGUUCCGUGAACUACCCUGUGCCCGUUGAUUAUUGUCGUCCAUCUAAUCCGUCUUCUUCAAGAGUUUCAACGGAAAAGCAACCAUUAUUACAGGGGUCUUUUUACAAUAAGUAUGGUGGUCUAAUGGGUACAGGUACUGAUCAUCCUCCUUUAUUGCCCUUAAGUAGAGUUCAGCUGGCUGCUGCCUCACAGUCUUUACCGUUCAGUUCGUCAUCAAGUGUAAAUAUCACAGCGAAAUCGGUACAAUCCGAUGUUGAGGAAAAUUAAGUCAAAACUAACUCUUCUAUAACUUCUAUUCAGUGUAAAUAAUAAUCAUAAAAUGAUAACUAAGUUCAUCUUGCCUAAAAUGUUUAUCUUUAUCAAUUUUUCUCACAUUUUAUCUAGAUCUAUAUUUCUCCGCAGUAUUUAUUAACUAUCGUGUUAUUUUAAGUCUGAAUAUUGUUUUCGAGUGUUUAUUUUACUUGGUAUUUAAAUAAAAUAUCAUUAUUAUAUACUCUGUAUUCAUCAAUGCCUUUUAAUCAUUUAUGAAUUGUGAUCCAUACGUUGCUCUUCAUAACUGCCUAUAAUAACCUUACGUUUUAAUUGGUUACUUAUUAUAUCCGAUACUAGUAGCACAAAAUUGCCAAACUUAAA